AAGAGUAACAGCGAGUGGGCGGGGUUUAGGUGGCCGGUUUCAGGAAGGUAAAAACGGGACGGACGGGACAGCACACGCUAAACAUCUGCACGGCUCUUCUCAGCAAAGACAAAGUGAUUUUUCUUUGCAAUGGAAGCAUCCGACUGCAAUUCCCCAGUGACCAUUUUUAAGCAAUUGUCUUCUGAGUUGGGCUGUAGAAUAACAGAUGAAAAGUUUGCUCAGUAUCUUGAUGAACAAGAUGAAUUAAAACACCUGCGCAACAAUUUUCUAAUCCCUAAAGUCAAAGAUCUGCCCUCAGCUGAUUUAUCUCUUCUUGAUGGAAAUGAGGACUGCAUAUAUUUUUGUGGAAAUUCUCUUGGACUUCAGCCUAAAAAUGUUAAAAAGUACAUUGAAGAAGACCUAGAUAAAUGGGCUAAAAUUGGUGUUUAUGGCCAUUUUCAAGGUUCUCGUCCCUGGGCUUUAGCAGAUGAAUGCAUUGUGGAUCUCAUGGCUAAAGUAGUUGGAGCAAAGGUCAAUGAAGUAGCUUUAAUGAAUGGACUGAGUGUGAACCUUCAUCUGCUUUUGCUGUCCUUUUACAAGCCAACAACAGAUCGCCAUAAAAUUUUGCUUGAAGCUAAAGCGUUUCCUUCUGACCAUUAUGCUGUGGAGUCACAGAUUGAGCUGCAUGGAUUAGACCCUAAAAAAAGUAUGUUGCUGAUUCAUCCCAGACCUGAUGAAGAAACACUAAGAAUGGAGGACAUCCUUUCUGUUAUCGAGAGAGAAGGAGAUUCAAUUGCUGUUAUUCUGUUCAGUGGAGUACAGUACUAUACAGGACAACUUUUUGAUAUGCCUACAAUUGUCAAAGCAGGUCACAAAAAGGGUUGUUUUGUUGGGUUUGACUUGGCACAUGCUGUUGGUAACACAGAGUUGCAGUUACACAACUGGAAUGCUGACUUUGCCUGCUGGUGUUCAUAUAAGUAUAUUAAUUCAGGAGCUGGAGGCUUGGCAGGUGCCUUUAUUCAUGAAAAGCAUUCUCACACCAUAAAGCCUGUGUUGAGAGGAUGGUGGAGCCAUGAAUACAAAACAAGAUUCCAAAUGGAUAACAAACUUCAUUUAAGUGCUGGCAUAAAUGGUUAUCGAAUAUCAAAUCCAGCUAUCCUGCUUGUCUGUGCACUUCAGGCCUCAUUAGAGAUUUUUAAUCAAACCACUAUCAAAGAUUUAAGAAAGAAAUCUGUCCUCCUUACUGGUUAUCUGGAUUACCUCAUUCAGUUUUAUUUCUCAAAAGAUGACGUGGAUGCAAGCAAACCUUACGUCCAAAUUAUAACUCCUUCAAACGCAGAAGAGCGAGGCUGUCAGUUGUCUUUAGCUUUUUCAGUUUCUGUUAAAAAAAUAUUUACUGAAUUAGAGAAAAGAGGAGUGGUGUGUGAUAUGCGUGAACCAAAUGUGCUACGCAUCGCACCAACUCCACUCUACAACUCAUUCAGUGAAGUGCAUCGGUUUGUCACAACUCUAGGGUGCUGCUUUGAUGCAUGCACUGAGGCAACAGGCUUACUACAGAAAGGAGAAACAUAAUGCUAGAAGAAAAUAUAUGUGCAAAUCUGAAAAUAAAGGAGUGCUAAAGGGUAUCAUGACUGCAAGACAUUUCGUACGCUUAAUUGCUUUCAGAAGGAGAUGAAGUAGCCACCUUUUCCAUUUGUAUGUACCUUUUUCACCAUGCACACUGCGUUCCUCAAAUAAUUUUAAUGUAUAUUCUGUAUGUAUGAAUUUAUAGUAUAUGCAAGCUGAAGUCAAAUAUAAACUGAAAUUUGCAUACCAUGCAGACAAGAUGGUAAUUAUAACUAUGACAAGGGUUCACAGGAUCUUCACAGAGACGUGUAGCGAUAUUUGCCAAACCACAUUUUUUGCAUGUAUCCCAAAUAAAAAUUUCUGAGUGGUGCAGAAGAUGGGCAGCAUUUGUUGGUGCCUUUGCCCGACAGGUACACAUUAAGUCUCAGUGUGUGUUUGGAAUUAUAGAGAUGAGGAAAUGGGAGCAAUAGAUGAGCAUUUAGUUGUGUUGAAAACUAAGCAAAUCUGUCACCAAGAUUUUAAAAAUACUUAAAGAAUUGUAAUGUAUGGUACUCAAAGCUUUUAGAAGAUGGAAUGAACACUUUUUAAAAUUAAUCAGAAGGGCAAAUUAGAACUGCUCCCAUCAUACAGAAAACCCACCACUGACCAUUAUCUUCUAGAUUGUACUAUGCAUUAUAUUCACAAGUGAUAUUAUAAAAUUCUAUUGGUAGACAAUUCUAGAGAAGGCAACCAAUAUCAUGUGAGCAAUCGAUUUGUCACCAGCCCCGACUUUGCUGUAUGCUGUAUGUGGGGUUUUGACAAUUGCAUUUAAUACAUGCUUGUUUAUUGUGGCACUGCACUUAUUAUGAAGUGCUGACAUGUUGCAUGCUCAGACAUCCAUUUACAUUUCACUGGAAUCUGUAAUUGUGACAAAACUACUAGUAUGCAAUGCUUUGUAUAUUUUUGACUGAGUCUUGUGUAUAUUUUUUAAAUUAUUAAAAUGCAUAAGAAACUUUUACCUUCUUGUUUAGCAGGUAAUGAAAAUAAAAACGAACUUUAAAAAUGAA